AUGACGACUUCGCUGGUCUUGCAUCCACGCUGGGCGGACACCUUGAUGUACGUUUAUGAAAAAAGCCCGAAUGAAAGUGGUCAGAAUAAAAAUCAAGCUAUGGAGGGACUGAGCGGGAAUUGCCCUGCGACCCACUGCAGGGAUCUAAUCUCGCACCCAGCUUUGGGACGACAUUCGGGCACCAUCCCGACUCACCAGGGCACCGUGUACUCGGAUAUAUCUUCACCUGACGCAGGAAGACAGUGUCCCGCGCCUCAGACAUCGUCCAGCGCCUCUCUGGGCUACAGUUACCCGUUUGGAAACCCGUACUACGGCUGCAGGCUGUCUCAUUCGCACAACGUGAACUUGCAACAGAAGCCGUGCUCUUAUCAUCCCGCAGACAAAUACACCGAGCCCAGUACGGCACUGCCUACGGAGGAACUCUCCAGCAGGGCAAAGGAAUUCACUUUCUACCCCAGCUUCGCCGGCUCAUAUCAGGCGGUUCCUGGCUAUCUCGAUGUGUCAGUGGUCCCCAGUAUUAGCGCACAUCCCGAGCCCCGACACGACGCGCUGAUUCCAAUGGAGGGCUAUCAGCACUGGGCUCUGUCAAACGGCUGGGAUGGGCAGGUGUACUGUUCAAAAGAACAAACACAGUCAACUCAUCUUUGGAAAUCUCCUUUUCCAGAUGUCGUCCCGUUGCAGCCUGAGGUUAGCAGUUACCGGCGAGGACGUAAAAAGCGUGUUCCCUACACCAAGAUCCAACUGAAGGAACUGGAAAAAGAAUACGCAGCCAGCAAAUUCAUCACUAAAGAUAAAAGAAGGCGCAUCUCUGCCACCACCAAUCUGUCUGAGCGUCAAGUUACUAUUUGGUUUCAGAACCGCAGAGUGAAAGAGAAGAAAUUUAUCAGCAAAUCUAAGGCGAACAAUCACAUGCACACUUAA